CAGAGUUUCGUUUCAGAACCACGCACAGCCUGGACAGCGACCGUGCAACGAGCACAGCUCCUCUACGAUACAAGAGCGAAUGAGCCCUGACAGAAAGACCCGCUGACCCAAACGCCGAACGGAUAUAACGUGCUGGAGAUCGGCACUGAGUGCAACUGCGUGUCGCUUUUAGCGAACAGUCUUUUUGAGACACAAUGACAGACUCGAGGAGUGACCAGCGUCGGUUCCACAACCUCACCCAGGAACAGCUGGAGACACUGGACCAGGUACUGACUGAAGUCAUCCCAAUCCAUGGCCGAGGCAAUUUCCCCACGCUAGAGGUCAGGCCGAAGGACAUUAUCCAUGUGGUGCGCGACAAGCUGGUCGCCAAGGAGAUAAAGGUGCGCGAUGUGCGCCUGAACGGCUCGACGGCCAGCCAUGUUCUGGUGAAGGAGAACGGCACCAGCUACAAGGACCUGGACAUCAUCUUUGGUGUGGAGCUGCCCAAGCAGGAGGACUUUCAGAUCAUCAAGGAAGUGGUGCUGAGCUGCCUGCUGGACUUCCUGCCGCAGGGCGUCAACAAGGACAAGAUCACUGCGCUGACCAUGAAGGAGGCGUAUGUCCAGAAGAUGGUCAAGGUGUUCACCGAGCACGACCGCUGGAGCCUCAUCUCGCUGUCCAACAACAGCGGCAAGAACGUGGAGCUCAAGUUCGUCAACUCGCUGCGCCGGCAGUUUGAGUUCAGCGUUGACUCGUUCCAGAUCAUUCUGGACCGCAUGCUGGAGUCCUACCUGGAGGCCGAGCGGAGGCAGGCGGCCGAGGCUCAGAGGGCAGGCGCCAUCGCCGGGGCCGCUGUGGCCGGGGCAACUGUCGCCGGGGCAACUGUCGCCGGGGCCCCCAUGGCCCCCCCAACCACACCACCAACCCAGAGUGAAGCCCCUCCUGCCCACACACAACCCACAGAGGCUGAGUUACCCCCUCCAGCCACCGCAGACACAGACACAAACCCAGAGCCUCAACAGGGAAUGGAAACGGCUGCAGCUGCAGAGCCAGAGGCCAUGCUGGAGGUGGUGGAGAACGGGGUGAGCGAUAGCGCCAGCCUCUCGGAGAACGAGCCCAUGCAGGAGGACGGAGCCUCAACCGUGGCCACGCAGGCGAGCAUGGAAUCGCCCGAGGCUGCAGCCCGCCAUGAGAAGCAAGAGGAGGAGAAAGAGGAGGAGGAGGAGGAGGAAGAGGACGCUCAGCCGCAGCAGCGGCAAGCUGAGACAGCGAGCUCAGAGGAGCAGCCCGGGUCAAGUCAAACUGAGGCGGUCCCCAUGGACGAGACUCGCGGGGAACUCUCCGACAACAACAAACAAAGCCCUGACACGCAAGACAGGCCAGAGAUUGCCACCGCUGAGAAAGACAUAGAUAAAGCCAGCAGGGCAGCUACAAAGGAAAAGGAGGAGGAGGAGGAGGAGGAGGAGGAGAAGAAGAAGAGGAGGGAGCCAGAGGCUCCAGUGUUUCUCGCGCAGAUAAAGGCAGAGGCCAGCGAUCACGAAGAGUGGCUGUCAGAAACUGAGGCGGCUGACGUUGCCGAAGACCAGGUUCCCAAGUCAGAGGUGAAGUCCGAGCCAAUGGACGUGGUGGAGGAGGCCAGCGCGAAGGCCGUCGGGGACGUGUGCGUGGCCUCUCUGGCAUCCCCAGUGUCCUCGCCGUCCCCCUGUCCCUUCCUCACGCAGGCGACGCCAGACUCGUACCUGGAGUACCCACUGCCGCCCCCCGCCAAGAAGAACACCCGCAGCUCCCAGAUGGUCAUUCUGAAGCACUCAUCACCCAAGCCGCCCCGGAAGAUGUCCAAGAAAGUGGCGCCGCAGAAGGCAAGCACAAGCGAGAAGCCGGCCACCAGCCCAUUGACUCCGCUACAGGCGUCUGCCGCCGGCCCAUGUAAGCUCUUGUGCCCCCCCAAAAUAGACCCCACGGAGUGUGUGCCUAUGCAAGUGGAGUUGGCUGGUGCACCGACCAGCUGUUCUGAGUCCCCUUCCUGUGCCUCGACAGCGAGCGAGGCACCUCGCCUCCCCGCGUCCGACCUGCCCACCCCUGCCCUGCCCGCUGCUGUUCCCUCAGAGAGCCGUUCGGCGCCCGAGGAGGAGAAGACGCGUCUGCCCAGCCAGCCUUGUGAAUCAUUAUCACCCGACGCAAACCCACACACACACACACAAACGCACGACGCCAGCGCUCACUCGCAGACGCACGUGCAAACACACGAGCGCGAACAAACGCACACGCCGGCUGGCCGACAGUCGCCCAGCCUUCACAGGGACCAGAACACACAGACCGAGCCGCUGCCGUUGCCUCUGGAAGUGCUUCUGCUGCAGGACGUGCCCAGGCCCAUCAUUCAGGUAAACUCACAGCCUUUUGUCCAGGUGGACGUACCUAGCCCUUCUUCCCCCAGCCGCGAACCUCUACCUGUCCAGGUACUACAGUCUGCUCCUCUGCAGGAGCCUAAGAUGCAGCCUGAAGCCCUGUCAGGGUCUCUAUCUCAGCAGACUAAUAAUGUGCCCGUUGCCACAGUCGCCACAGGUGCGCAUCCGACACCUGCCAUGUCUGAGCCUCACAUAUCAGGUCCACCUGAGGUGUCGGACUCUCCACACACAGAGCCUAAGCCAGCGGAAACGCCUUCGGAAGUUUCGCACAUUGGCUACGCACAGCAGCACGCCGACACACCUCAGCCAAAUCCCCCACAAUGCAUCUGUGAAGUCGCCGAGUUGCCCAUGCCAUCAGUUAGCCCCACAGCCACAAUGCCUCUACUGGUGGCAGAGAUGCCAGCAGAGACUCCUGUCAGUUCUAUGUGGUGCCCACCUGGCCCUAUCGCACGGUUAACAGAAGUCCCACUUCCCACAUCAUCUACUCCUGCUCAUCCUCCUCCUCCACCACCUCCUGCUCCACCCUCACCGCCUACUCGCGAGGUGCUGAAUGUGACAGUGGUGGCGGAGAGCAUGUACGGCGACUUCGAGCAGGCCAUGGACCACCUGCGCUACCGGCUGAUCGCCACACGCAACCCCGAGGAGAUCCGCGGCGGCGGCCUGCUCAAGUACAGCAAUCUGCUGGUGCGCGAGUUCAAGCCGGCCAGCGAGACGGAGAUCAAGACCCUCGAACGUUACAUGUGCUCGCGCUUCUUCAUCGACUUCCCCGACGUCAACGAGCAGCAGCGCAAGAUCGAGUCCUACCUGCGCAACCACUUCAUCGGUGAGGAGAAGAGCAAGUACGACUACCUGAUGACGCUGCGUCGCGUCGUUGACGAGAGCACCGUGUGUCUGAUGGGCCACGAGCGGCGACAGACGCUCAACAUGAUCACCAUCUUGGCCCUCAAGGUCCUCGGCGAGCAGAACAUCAUCCCCAACACCAACAACGUCACAUGCUUCUACCAGCCCGCACCCUAUAUGGCCGACCACAACUUCAGCAACUACUACAUCGCCAAUGGACAGUCACCCGUCAUAUAUCACCCUUACCCGUUGCACAUACACAUGCAGACUGGACUGGUCUAGUACGGGGCUUGGGUUGGCCAGCUGAGGGGCCUGGCCAAGAGAGGAAGCAGAGAUGUGAUUUACAACCCCAAACGAUCUGCGUCUUCAAACCAAAACACACAAAAAACGGCCACCACUUUUCCUUCAAAAAUCUUUGAGAGCCAGUCCCAGCACUUGACUUAGAACAGAGUCCACUUGAGUGCUAGAAUCUAUCAACUUAUUUGAAAAAAGAAAACCAUCAGAGGAAUUGGGUGAAACAAAUGGACAAACAAUUGUCACAUUUCUGGGGUUAAGUGUUUGUCCUUGCUGUGCUAUGUAGCACAUCAACAAACUGAGGGAGGCAAAUCCACACCUAGUAAUUGGUUGUGUGGGGUGUUUUUUAUCUGAUGAUGAGAGGGACCUGGUGAUCAGUGGAAAUUGAACAUCAUAUGAAGCGUCAGAUUCCAAUCGAAUGAAAUGCGAGCUGACGUCCACAGUGUCUUGGGAGGACGCCUGCAGUUAGACGCAACCCCCCGCUGCUCUGAAUGCGAGAUUCUCUCAAGCCAGGGUCUGGAAAAGGGCAAGCGAGUGAAAGUGAUAAGGGAGAAUGACUCCAGGAGAGAUGGAGAAAGUCACUGUGAACAUGAGAGAUGGGUAGAUAGACAGACCGGCAGAGAGAAUAUGAGAGAGAGAGAGAGAGAGAGAUGCCUUCUUUACUCUCCAGGGACUCUGUAAGAGCAGUAUAGGCAGAUGAGUGAAUUGACAGCGGCCAUUGUUCCUAGUUACUAAGAGGGCCUGCUGAGGGAGUAAGGGAAGGGAGGCCUUUCUGUGAGCCUCCAGCUCUUUCCUAAAUAUCACUGCGGUUAUCAACAUACACAGGCUAGAUUUUAAAAAAUAUAUAAAUAAAGCCAACUGACACAGAUGGGAAAAAAUGGCAUUGUUGUUCUCAGCCGGCUGCACAAUGCUAUCAUUCCUGUAGUAUUAGCUGUCAGAUCGUGGGGUUGGGCUGACUGCCAACAAUCAGGUUAAUAACAGACCACAAGAUGCAGGCGACAACAUAGCCUCAUCAACACCGGUGUAUGAGGUAAACAAACAAACAAACAAACAAAGCCUGUGGCUGCAUAAGAAUAGUAACACCUACAUUUAUGCCGAACCAGCUGACUUUGUCUCUACUAAAUAAGCAUUAACAGACACACACACGUACACACACACACACACAUUACAUCAACAUGCAUAUGUUAACGUAUAGUGUUGAUUUAGGUGAUAGCCGCUAUUUUAGAAUCUGUGAAUAUGACUGUCGGAGUGUAAUCAUUUGGCUGUCACAAAAGAGUUGGGAUGAGUUGUUUUCAUUGCAAAAACACCCCCCCUCCUAUUCUCCUCUCCUCUUCUCCCCCUCCUUCUCCUCUCCCUCUCUCUCUCUCCCUCCCUCUCUCCUCCUCCUCCUCCUCCUCUUCCUCCUCUCGGUUCAGAGCUGAAGUGAGUCAUGACUCAUGCCUCAGCCCCAUAUUCUGUCUUUCUGGGAGGGUGAUUGAUUGCGGUUCUGGGCCGCAGUCGGAUUGGGACUGAGGGGAAAAAUGUCAGAACUUCUUCCAUGAUGUGAGUCUCAUUUUAAAAAAAAAAAAAAACGACACACACACACACAAAAGAAGAUACUGAAACAAAUUCUGAUGUUUUAUCAGUGCUUUGUCACAAUUUAUGUGUCCAGAAUGUGAAAACUCUCGUGUUGGAUUUGUGUGUAGAGUUUUUAGAGAUUGACCUGCGUGUUCCUACUGCCAGUUGAUGAUUUCUUUAUUUUUUUAGUCUGAAUUAUCUCACUCUUAAGGACUUGACUUGAGUCAGACAGUGUCUGACGAUGUUGUACCAGAACAUGCCGAAUGUGUAAAUCGGUUUAUAAAAAAAAAAAUAUUGAGGGAUGUGAGAAUCAACACAAAAGAGGAAGUGUGUAGGUGUCUAUUGUGUGUCUUUGAUGCACAGAGUGAAGUUUCUAUUAAUGCAGAAAAAAACUAUUACCCCAGUGGAAGUUUGUAUCAUUGUCAGGUGCAUGUUCAGCCUCAAAGGACAUCUUAUGUCAGAGUCGAAUAUUUAAGACACUACAGCAGGUCUAGCCUGACAAACUAGGCCUGAAGGAGAAACAAAAGAAAUCUACGCUAACAGAGAUGUCCCAGGUGCAGAGACUUUUUUAUACAUUGGUAGACAAAAAGGAGAAACAAUAUAUCUCUAUAUUUUUGCAAGACGUCAUAUAGAAAGAGAUUGUGCCAAACAUACACAAACAACACACACAUGCACACAGACACAGACACACACACACACUCUUACACAUAAACGUUAUUGUAACUGUUUUAUGGAAUAUAAAUGUUGAAUGACAAACACAAAUCUGCUGUGUGAUAGAUCUUUACAGGGAACUUCUUUGAAAUGUUACUGUUAACACUGUUGGCUGUAAGUUGUGGAUUUCCUUUUGAGUGUGAAGUCCUGGCUAUGACUUUCGUGAAGUAUUACCUAGCUUUACUGUGCUUCAACAACCUCUAGAUCCUAUUACUGUUUCUCCUUUUGAUGUACUUGUCUACUGUUUUCUAAUAUGGUUGGCCUUAUUGCCAAAAAUAUGUCAUUGAGCAACACUGUGGCUAGGUUUAGGGGGUAGACUUACAGGAAUGAAUCAUCUAUAUCCAACCAAGAACCAGUUAUCACACAACGAGGAGUAUUUCACAGGAGUGAUUAUUAUCCAGUGUGUAUAUAUAGAAAUAAAACAAACAAAAAAACAGUACAACCAAAGAUGGGUUUUGUAGGGAAAACUCAAGUGCCUCAAGGAAGGAAAUGAAGUGCGUCUGUAACCAGCCAAUGGGAUCGCAGCAGCAGCCGUCCCCGUGGCGGCGAAGUGCUGUUUCGUUUUUUUUCCAGGUGUUCCAUUCUCUCGUUAGCCCUUCCCCUGUGCUGCUCGUGCUGAUGUCAGCCAUGGUCAUUAAUGAUGGCUUGUAAUAUGUAUGUUUAAUAAUAAAAAACAGAAAACUAUAUCUACUUCA